GAUGAAUCUAUCUACUCUAUUUGUGCGUCUUAAUACUCCGUAGACACUUUUAUAUGAGUUCACAUUGAGACAUCAUGCUUAUGCGGAUUUCGGAUGACGAAAAUCCAUUAACCCGUUCCCGAUAACCCCAUGGGGUCACACCCGAGGCCUGUGGGAUCAUUCGGAUCUGGAGAUGCUUCCAAAUUAUAUGUACGGUUAUGAGAGAAGCUCUUUUUAAUUGCCCUAAAUAGUCAUCACUAGAAAAGACGUUCUAGGUCUAGACCAUUACCUAUUACUUACUAUGUAAACGCGUUUUACCGGGGUAUUCGACGGCAUCCAACGUUGUACGGAGGUCGGACGAUCUUCCGGAACUUCGCCCGCCAACAUGUCUGUCGAUUUUCUACUACCAACACAGAAGAUAAUCGUUGCAGCUCAUCGCCGCGACAUGUGGAAUUCCCCAUCUUUCCCCAGCUCUGCUAGCUUGUUCUCCGCAUUAGAUUUCCCCGGAAUUAAGAGCCUCUGCUUGGAUGAGCGAAUACAUAAUUGACUGUCGCUGGUCACUCCUUGACUGACGAUAAUCCAGAGUUGAACUUGCACAUGGUGUCAUACGACGGCGACUUGCAGCAAUAGUCAAGACAAGAUGUCUAAGCAGGAAACGAAGCACGAUGACAACUCUAUCGCCCCGGUAGACGAGAGCCAUGAGCUUAAUCACAUCGAUAGAGACAACGAGAUCGCAGCCUACGCCGGCGAAACGGCCACGCACAUCGAUGAGGAAACCAACAAGAAGCUAUUCUGGACAGUUAAUAAACGUAUCCUGGCUUCCAUGCUGGGAACCUACUUUUGUCAAUCCUUAGACAAAGGCACGCUGGGUUUCGCGUCUGUCAUGAACAUUAAAAAAGAUGCCAACCUACAAGGCCAAGAUUACAGUUGGCUAGGCACGAUCCUGUAUAUGGGUGUCCUCGUUGGCGAAUAUCCGACUAACCUACUGCUUCAGCGACUUCCCGUCGCCAAAUAUCUUUCCGCCAAUGUGUUCCUCUGGGGUGUCGUUAUCGCCUGUUCAGCCGCAGCCCAAAACUUCGGUGCCUUAAUGGCGGUUCGCUUUCUUCUCGGUAUAUUUGAGUCAUGCGUGCAGCCUGCUUUUAUCAUAAUGACCUCUAUGUGGUAUACUAAACGCGAACAAGCUGUCCUCACAUCUCUCUGGUACUGUAUGACUGGCGUUCAACUAAUGGUUGGAGGAUUAAUCGCCUACGGCGCAAGUCAUUUCGAAGGCCACUCCAUCAAGUCAUGGCAAUUGCUCUUUCUCGUCCUUGGCUGCGCUACUUGCGUCUGGGCCGUCUUCAUCGGCUGGUGGCUCCCAGAUAGUCCCAUGAAAGCGAAAUGUUUCAACGAGGACCAGAAACGGAUGAUGGUCGAACGUGUACGUGCCAACGAGACGGGUAUCCAGAACAAAACCUACAAGCGAUACCAAAUGCUCGAGACCAUCAAAGAUCCAGUCAUCUGGUGCUAUGUGAUGCUUCAAGUAACCUCGACUCUCGUCAUCGGCGGUCUCGGAGUUUUCUCCAACCUCAUCAUAUCUGCGUUCGGGUUUUCCUACCUCCAAACGCAAUUGCUCAAUAUUGCACAGGGCGGCGUCACUAUCAUAGUCAUGAUUGGUGGCGCCUGGAUGGCCACUUGGACGAGGCAGACAGCUAUUAUCAUGCAUAUUUGGACAAUACCGGCUAUUAUCGGUACCGCCGUCAUAUACUCCAUUCCUCCGAAUCCCUCAAACAAAGUCGGCCUUCUAAUCGCCUUCUACUGCACACAAUUCUACCUAGCUGAGGGCAACCUGAUAUUUUCCUUAAUAUCCCGAAACGUUGCAGGUCAAACGAAAAAGUCUACCACCCUGGCAAUGACCUUCAUAAGUUGGGCAGCAGGAAAUAUGGCGGCGCCUCAAAUUUUUCAAGAUUCAGAUGCUCCUCGAUACCAGAAAGGAUUUACCGCCCAUUUCUGCCUUUAUGUGCUAUUCAAUAUAUCCUUGGUCCUCCUUCGAGUGUUGCUCGUCCGACGGAACGCCGCUAAGCGUCGCUCUAACACCUCAGGCGAGCAGGAAACUAGCUCCCAGGAUGAUGAAAAGAUUGAGCAUGCCCACGCAUUCGAUGACUUGACAGAUAAAGAGAAUCCCGACUUUAGGUAUGAGAUUUAGAUAUCGUUCUGGGAGGUUAUGUUGAGCAUGUUGCAUGUUAUAUGUUAUAUGUUAUGGGUGUAGUAAAGAUUCGGUUUUAGCCACCCCUCACAGUGAGUAAAGCACUGUCUUUAGCACUGUCAUGCCGGUUAACUCUAGGUACAUAUUCAGGGCAUGAAUUCGUACUGGUAGCACCUAUUUAGUUAAUUAUACAGUGCGCUAACUAAUGUACACA